AUGCCAAUCAUACCGUACAGAGGUGGACCUACUCGACACAGCAGCAAUGUGUGCAAUUCACGUAUAGCGGAUGUGGAGGCAGUGAAAAUAGGUUCGCUACGAAAAUGGACUGUGAGGACACUUGCAAAGGCCGAAAACCGAGCGCAAACUCAGCAAUAUGCUCCUAUGAUCCAGAUUGGGGGCCAUGCAAUCAUCUACGCUACAUGUGGUUCUACAACGAAACUCGUGGUACCUGCGAUCAAUUUCUCUAUGGUGGCUGUGAAGGAAAUCCCAACAAGUUCGAAACAUUCGAACUAUGUCAGAAAACAUGCGAAGUGUCAGGACUAG